UCACACUACUGCUUGAGUGGUUCAAAAAUCAAAAUGAAGGUUGAGACUAUGUAUCACGUGAUACCCGUGUUGUUGGUUGUGCUGGCCUCACACACAGACGCGAAAGAAUGCACCAAUUUACCUCCAGGCCUGUCUAAAAUGGUCCGUGGUGUGGACGUAUCGAAACUGGACCUGCUGCCCAUCGAUGUUGUCGGUGAUGAUGGAGUCAUGAGUCCCGUCAUCCCCAUCACCUGCGACAAAGGAAAACAGUACAAGAGUGCUAAGGGUACCGUGUAUGAACUACCUGACCAGGUCUGGCAAAUGACGUCUGUUCCCGGGGGCUGGCUGUCGUCUGAAGCCCACACCUACACCUCCUACAGUGACGUCAGAAACGCCAUGAGCGCCAGCGUCGGUCUUGAGGCGGACACGGGCACGUACGCGUUCUCCGGCAGCUUCAGCUACAAGAAGAUGCAGAACUCCAUCACCAACUCCUCCAGGUACAUCUCUGAGGUCACGGCAUUCGCUGCUGCAACACGAGCAGACGUUAACCCGCCGGAAAAAUUAGGGCUGGAUAGUUUUGCUCAAGCGUACGUAGAUACUACCCUGACUGGUACCUUCGAAAGCAACCCUACUGCGUACAAUAAGUUUAUUGAUACCUACGGCACGCAUUAUUUUACCUCUGCUAAUUUUGGUGGUUUCAUUCGAAUGGUUUUUGAGACAAAGAAAGAUUACGUUAUGACUAAGACAGAGAACGAGAUCGAAGCGAACGCCAAAGCUUCGUACUCGAAAAUGGUUUCCGUAAGCGUGGGGGGAUCGUCAGCGACUGGGAAUGUUGAUGAAACGUUUACAUCAAAUUCUAAGACCACUAUCAAGUACUACGGAGGCGACACCAAUGUCCUAGGUACUGAAGGUCUCUCAAAAUGGCAGCCGACAGUCGAGAGUGACCCCUGGUUAUUUUCUGGUAAACUGAAGCCAAUUAGCGACUUAAUUAGUGACGAAACAAAGAGAACUUCUAUGGAACGCGCUGUGAAGAAUCGCUUGUUGAAAGCCUACAUUGGGGAAAUGCAAUCUUUAAUUUAUGGAGCCAGAGCGAAGUCCGAUAACCCAGUCAUCAACGGCCUUCGAGAUCGAGUCGCAGCGCUGAAGAGCAAAAAACAAAUCGACGAUGCCGAGGUUGAUGCUUUAGCCAAGGACUUAGAAGAGUAUAUUACAGUACCCAACUGGUUUGUGGCCAACACUAAAGUCUGUUUGUACUGGGAGGCAUCGUGGACGUCAGCCCAGUGUAAUGGAGGAGAUUGGGGAAAUUACCGUUGUGCCAUAGCUAACUCUAUGACGCCUUGGUACUACGACUGGACCGACUGGAGAAUUGGCGGAUGCUACAUGCAAUGGGCGAUUUUAUCCGCCAACAACCCAGCUUGGUUCAACGACGUGCAGAUUUGCUAUCAGUGGUACGCGGAGAACAACUGGGACCAGUGCGGCGGUAACCCCGGCGACACAUACUGCGCUAGCAUCAACAGUUACACGACCAAGUACUUCGACGAUACGGGAAGCCGGAGCGGAGGCUGCAAAAUGCGAUGGAAGCUCCAAGUGCCUGACACCGCGCCGUAUUGGAUGAAAGCCGUGCAUAUGUGCUACAAAUGGGAGGCGAGUGACGACGCUUCUCAGUGCGGUGGAGGGGCGCCGACUGAACAGUGUGUGGUGGCAAACACCUGGACCGCAUACUAUCUGGACUACACCGACAACAGAAGUGGCGGCUGCUUGAUGAGCUGGGGCUUAAAGACCGCCUACUGAUAGCUGGCUUCCAUUUGUUCCAACAGUUCAAUACGUACUGGCAUACAGUACCG